UGCCUGAAGGACCCCAUCCCGUCUUCGCGAGUCCCGGCGCCUCAUCCGGCGGCGAUCGAGGCCUCGGCCGGGGCUUCGCGGGGGUGGUGGGGGCGACAUAGCGCCCGGUGCCGGCUCUGCCCUGUUCCCGGAGGCGUUGUCGCGGCUCCUGCGAAGAGGCGGCUAAGGCCUGGCCCCUACGCGGCGCCAUGAUCCACGAAUUGCUGCUGGCGCUGCGUGGCUACCCAGGCGGCCUCUUCGUGGGCGGCGGCGGCGGCCUGCAGGUGUCCCCGGAGCCGCUGCCGUUCCUGCACCCGAGCGAGGCCGCCCUCCUGGCCCGCGUCUGCCGCCUGGGCUCCCUCUACAUCCGCCUGCAAGAGUUCAUCGAGCAGUUCGCCGAGCACGCCCAGCCGCCACUGCCGCCGCCGCAGGAGCUGCUGGCCUCCCCACCGGGGAUCUACCUGCGCGCCUUCUGCACCGGGCUGGACGCCGUGCUGCAGCCCUACCGGCAGGCGCUGCUGGGCCUGGAGCAAGAGUUUCUGGCUGAUCCACACCUUACCAUCUCAUACGUCAACUAUUCUCUGGACCAGUUUCAGCUCUUGUUUCCCUCACUGAUGAUUGUAGUAGAGCAGAUAAAGACCCAGAAGAUUCAUGGUUGUCAGAUCCUGGAGACAGUCUACAAAUACAGCCGUGGUGGCUUGCCACCGGUGUGCCAUGCUCUGGAGAAGGUCUUGGCCAUGUGCCAUGCCGUUUUAUACAAGCAACUUUCCGCCUGGAUGCUACACGGACUGCUCUUGGAUCAGCACGAGGAGUUCUUCAUCAGACAGGGCCCCUCUCUGGGGGUCAUCGUGGCCCAGCCUGAAGAAGAUGACGACGAUCUGGGCAUCGGAGGACUCACAGGAAAGCAACUGCGAGAGCUGCAAGAUAUGAGGCUGAUUGAGGAAGAGAAUAUGUUGGCCCCUUCUCCAAAACAGUUCUCUCUCCGGAUGGAGAUGCUGCCUUCUUACAUUCCAGCUCGUGUCGCCGAAAAAAUCCUCUUUGUAGGGGAAUCCGUGCAGAUGUUUGAGAGUCAGAAUGUGGCUCUUACCAAAAAAGGCUCCAUCCUGAAGAACCAAGAAGAUACUUUUGCUGCUGAGCUGCAUCGUCUCAAGCAGCAGCCCCUGUUCCAUCUGAUGGACUUUGAGUCUGUGGUUGACUGGAUCCGGAGCACCGUGGCGGAGCACUUAUGGAAGCUGAUGGUGGAAGAGUCCGACUUGAUAGGCCAGCUGAAGGUCAUUAAAGACUUUUAUCUCCUGGGGAGAGGAGAAUUGUUUCAGGCCUUUAUAGAUGCUGCACAGCACAUGCUAAAGACACCACCAUCCGCAAUGACUGAGCACGAUGUGAAUGUGGCAUUCCAGCAAUCAGCCCACAGAGUGCUCUUGGACGACGACAAUCUCCUGCCUUUUCUUCACCUGAUCAUCCAUUACCAUGGAAAAGAACACCGAGACCCUUUGCAGAACCGGGAAACCCCUUCUCGAGAACUGUCUCCCCAUGAGUCCCCCACGUCCGGCUGGGCUGCCUUGGGGCUCUCCUAUAAAGUUCAGUGGCCUUUGCACAUCCUCUUCACUCCUGCCGUCCUGGAAAAGUACAACGUGGUCUUCAAAUACCUGCUGAGUGUGAGGCGAGUCCAAGCCGAGCUGCAGCACUGCUGGGCUCUGCAGAUGCGGUGCAAGUGCCUGGAAUCCAGGCGGACGGAUGCCAUCAAGUGGCAGCUGCGCCAUCACAUGACUUUCCUUGUGGACAAUUUGCAAUAUUACCUGCAAGUGGAUGUCCUCGAGUCUCAGUUCUCACAGCUCCUUCAACAGAUUAACUCUACCCGUGAUUUUGAGAGUAUCCGACUGGCCCACGAUCACUUUUUGAGCAAUCUCCUGGCCCAGUCCUUCAUUCUCUUGAAACCAGCUUUUCACUGUCUGAAUGAAAUUUUAGAUCUCUGCCAUAAUUUUUGUUCGUUGGUCAGCCAGAACCGAGGGCCCCUAGAUGAACGGGGUACAGCCCAGCUCAGCAUCCUGGCUAAGGGCUUCAGCUGCCAGUCCUCCCUUCUGUUCAAGAUUCUUUCCAGUGUUCACAACCACCAGAUAAAUUCUGACUUGGCUCAGCUGCUGUUACGCCUGGAUUACAACAAGUACUACACUCAUGCUGGAGGCACUUUGGGCAGUGUGGGGCUGGAAUGAUUAGCCCACAGACAGAAUCCGCGGCCACGCUUUUCAAGAAGUGUCCUGGUCUGCAAUAGUAGCAGUUACAUUCCAGCCACUGGUGAAGGAUGAUGGAGGCGUGAGAUUUGCCCUCAGAGCAACUGGGCCUUGUUUCUUGCAGGGCAAUCUCAGCACUUGCAAAUGGAGCUUUUUAUAUUAAAUAGCUUUUGGGGGGUGCUGUCCUUGGGCCUCUUGUGAAGCAGCCGCUUGCUUUAGGCUCCCAAAUGCAGUCAGUCCUUUUUGCUGUGACUGCAGAGCCAGAAGUCCAGCCCUUCGACGCGGUCACCUUCACCAUUGCUAAACCAAAAUCAGUUGAUAACUAUAAUGUUAUUAAAAUAAUUUUUGUUCUA